AAAGUAAAUUCCGACACUUUUGAACUGAGCUGAGACGCCAUUACAGGGAGUCAGAUCUGUGCUGAAACGUUUGCAGGAUUUUACCCAGAAAUUUCAAGAGGGAGUAAUUUGGUGAGUUAAAAAAAAACUUAAACAUCAAAUGGCUGAGAAACUCGGACUUUUUGAAGAUUACCUGAGCUGUCAUGUGUGUUCAGAGACUUUCAAAGAUCCUGUGUCUCUGAGCUGCAACCACAGCUUCUGUUCAAGCUGCCUGCAGAAAUUCUGGGAACAAACUAAAAACAAAAACUGUCCCAUUUGUAAAAGAAAAUCUUCAAAGGAUCAUCCUCGGGUAAACUUUACACUGAAAGAACUUGCUGAUUCAUUUGCUGGGAGACAGAAAUCUGGAUCAUCUGAGACAGAAAAAGGAGAGAAGAAAUUAACAGUGGUGUGCAGUAAACACAAGGAAGUGCCUAAACUGUUCUGUGUGAACGAGCAGAGAGCUGUGUGUCCUGUGUGUGACUUUUCUCUCCACCAGAGUCACAAAGUGGUUCCUGUAGAAGAAGCAGUCAGUGACCUGAAGGAGCAGCUGAAAUCUGACUUAAAGUCUCUGCAGGACAAGAGGAACAAAUACAAACAAGUGGAGGAAACAUACAAUGAAGUGAUUCAACACUCCAAGAAGCAGCUGUUGUCCACAGAGAGGCAGAUCAGAGCAGAGUUCAACAAGCUCCAGCAGUUCCUGAAAGAGGAAGAGGAGUCCAGACUGGCAGCUCUGAGGGAGGAAGAGGAGCAGAAGGGGAGGACUAUCAGCAGAGAGAUGAAGAUGAUUGAGGAGCAGAUCUCCUCUCUGUCAGACAGCAUCUCUGCUGUUGAAGAAGAGCUGCAGAAACACAGCGUGCCAUUCCUCAGCAGUUAUAAAGACACUCAGAGCAGAGCCAGAGCCCAGAGCUCAGUGUCAGAUCCACAGCUGGUCUCAGGAGCACUGAUAGAUGUGGCCAAACACCUGGGCAACCUGUCCUUCAGAGUGUGGGAGAAGAUGAAGGAGAAGGUCCACUUCAGUCCUGUCAUUCUGGACCCAAACACUGCAAACCUCUAUCUCUAUCUGUCUGAUGAUCUGACCAGUGUGAGCAAUGGAGACACAGAUCAGCAGCUUCCUGAUAAUCCAGAGAGAUACAAUAAUUAUUUCAAUGUUCUGGGCUCUGAGGGCUUCAGCUCAGGUAAACACAGCUGGGAGGUGGAGGUGGGAGAUCAUCCUCACUGGCUUGUGGGUUUAGUUAAAGAGUCAGCUAACAGGAAGGAAUCGGGUUUGUCUUCACCAGAAUGUGGAAUCUGGUGUUUAGCGCAUAGAAGUGGAAGAUACUGCCAUGGUGAUGGUCAGCGUCUACAAGUGAAGAAGAGUCUCCAGAGGAUCAGAGUCCAGCUGGACUAUGACAGGGGGGAGGUGUCCUUCUAUGACCCUGAAGACAUGACUCACAUCUACACUUACAGAGACACUUUCACUGAGAAACUCUUCCCAUUUUUUUAUAUUGGAGAGGCAGGAGACGCCAAAACCUCUGAUAUCAAAAUCUGUCAGACUGAGAUUUUAAAUUCCGACACUUUUGAACUGAACAGAGACGCCAUUACAGGGAGUCAGAUCUCUGCUGAAAGAACACACAUUUGGAGGAUUUUUAUCAGAAAAUUCAAAAGACACUUAUUUGGUGAGUUAAAAAUACUUAACAAUCAAAUGGCUGAGAGAGCUCUUUUUCAAAAUUUCCUGAGCUGCCAUGUGUGUUCAGAGACUUUCAGAGAUCCUGUGUCUCUGAGCUGCAGCCACAGCUUCUGUUCAAGCUGCCUGCAGAAAUUCUGGGAACAAACUAAAAACAAAAACUGUCCCAUUUGUAAAAGAAAAUCUUCUAAGGAUUUUUAUCUUGUGAACUUUACACUGAAAGAACUUGCUGAUUCAUUUGCUGGGAGACAGAAAUCUGGAUCAUCUGAGACAAAAAAGGGAGAAAAGAAAUUAAUGGUGGUGUGCAGUAAACAUGAAGAAGAGCCUAAACUGUUCUGUGUGGACGAGCAGAGAGCUGUGUGUCCUGUGUGUGACUUUUCUCUCCACCAGAGUCACAAAGUGGUUCCUGUAGAAGAAGCAGUCAGUGACCUGAAGGAGCAGCUGAAAUCUGACUUAAAGUCUCUGCAGGACAAGAGGAACAAAUACAAACAAGUGGAGGAAACAUACAAUGAAAUGAUUCAACACUCCAAGAAGCAGCUGUUGUCCACAGAGAGGCAGAUCAGAGCAGAGUUCAACAAGCUCCAGCAGUUCCUGAAAGAGGAAGAGGAGUCCAGACUGUCAGCUCUGAGGGAGGAAGAGGAGCAGAAGGGGAGGACUAUCAGCAGAGAGAUGAAGAUGAUUGAGGAGCAGAUCUCCUCUCUGUCAGACAGCAUCUCUGCUGUUGAAGAAGAGCUGCAGAAACACAGCGUGCCAUUCCUCAGCAGUUAUAAAGACACUCAGAGCAGAGCCAGAGCCCAGAGCUCAGUGUCAGAUCCACAGCUGGUCUCAGGAGCACUGAUAAAUGUGGCCAAACACCUGGGCAACCUGUCCUUCAGAGUGUGGGAGAAGAUGAAGGAGAAGGUCCACUUCAGUCCUGUCAUUCUGGACCCAAACACUGCAAACCGCUGUCUCUAUCUGUCUGAUGAUCUGACCAGUGUGACACAAGGAGACACAAAGCAGCAGCUUCCUGAUAAUCCAGAGAGAAACAUAAAGUAUGUCACUGUUUUUGGUUCUGAGGGUUUCAGCUCAGGGAAACACAGCUGGGAGGUGGAGGUGGGAGACCAUCCUGGGUGGACUGUGGGUUUAGCUAAAGAGUCAGUUGACAGAAAGGGAGAGUAUUUUAUUUCACCAAAAUAUGGAAUCUGGUGUUUAAGGCAUGGAAAUGGAAAAUACACUAAUGGUGAUGGUCAGACUGUGAAAGUGAAGAAGAGUCUCCAGAGUAUCAGAGUCCAGCUGGACUAUGACAGGGGGGAGGUGUCCUUCUAUGACCCUGAAAACAUGACUCACAUCUACACUCACAGAGACACUUUCACUGAAAAACUCUUCCCAUAUUUUGAAGUUUUAAAUGCAGGAGACGCCAAAACCUCUGAAAUCAAAAUCUGUCAGACUGAGAUAUGAUUGAAAAGUGAUUCUUUAUUUUAACUGUUUUUGUCUGUUUCUUUCU